AUGACCAAAUUCGGUGAUCCAAAGCUGACUGAAUCCCCGGUACGCUCUACCUAUCGACUGUCAAAGUGGUCCAACGGACGCAAAAGGCUAGACUGCCUUUCGCAGUUUCUCUUUGGCUUUCAAUCAGAUACUCGCACACUGGUCCUGACCCUUGACCGGGGCACCAUCGUCAAAAUUGACCGCAGUGCGACCGUAAAAUCCAAAUGUACAGUGUGCACUGGAACGGACCGCAGACAAACAUGCCAGUCCUCAGUCAACCUGACAGAGACCGGUAGAGUAUCUGUUAAAUUUACCUGUCCAUACCCAGAAGAUUUCUUCACUGUGGAAAUCCUAAGAGAAAUAGUGUGUGAAGACAGGUCUUGCAGUGAAAACAUUGCCCCAAAACAUCUCCCCCCUCUUGGUGUCUUCAACCGCACCCUCACCUGGAAUCUAAAGGCUCCAGGGCCACAGGCCUUCAGACUGGACUUUACUGAAACGGGAUUCAGACAGAUCUUGCCCGAGGUGGGCUGUCCAGAUAAACACGUAUAUUCCCUCCUCGCUUUAGAAAGGAUCGGGACAGCCAACGUUGGAACUUUUUGUCGCCAUGGCAGCAUAAAGGGGGCCCAGGUGCUUAAUGGGGGCAGGUUUUCACUGGAGGUCCCUGGGAACAUAAGUCUAGACACAACAGUGUUUGCUGUGUCGAUGGGAAAUGAGAUCAAAUCGCUCGCUCUCAUUGGGGUAACUCUGCCAGAAAAGACGAUAUCGGAGGAAUUUUUCUCUCCAAACUACCCGGAGAGCUUCCCGGAUAACGACCUAACCACAUGGGAAUUCCACGUUCCCCCCAAUUACUAUGCCACGGUGCGUAUCGUGAAUCACACGGAGCCGCGAUGCCUGAAGAGGCACACGGGGGUUGAGUACCAGCGCAUGGGGAGGCCCACCAUGGUGAAGAAACUUAGUGACCCCCAGCCCGCUGAGCUUCAAGGGUCGUUCAACUUCUCCCUGAGCAACUGUGAGAUGGAUCUCAAACAAACUCAGUCUCGGGGUCUCUCCCUACGCUUCAGUAUCUCUACCAUUGACAGAGACAGUGCAGCAAUGUGCAUUGUGGAUUUAAGGGAAGAGAAAGGACUGUCCAUACACAUAGAAAAAAGGAAGCCCAGCUCAUCGUGCGUCCUAAAACGGAAUUCAGUUGCCCAGAACGCCGUCACCGUGUCUUCAGGGGCGGUCUCAUAUUUGUCCUUCCUUGACUGCCCAGAAGAGGAUGUCCUGUUGACAGUUAACAAAACUAUAGAGCGUCAAGAGUGGAGAGACUGGCAGAACUCUUCGCUGCCUCUCGUCGUCCCUUUCCUGGAUCGAUGUCUGGUUGGGCGUUUGCAGAAGGUCAACUGGCACAUACGUGGUCCAAAAGAAGGCACGGCGGUGCUGCAGUCUCUCUCCGGCAGCCUGAAGCAGUCCCUGCCGGGCCACAGGUGUAACAACAGCGUCCUCUUCCAAAUCACCAACGAUGAGGAUGAUGGGGUCAGUGUCGGACAGUUCUGUCCCCGGGGCGCCAUCCACCAAGUCCAGAUUCGCGGAGCCAGUAUCACCGUCAGCGCCUUGCCCACAGCUGACAGGGACAUGAAGCACGCAAGUCGUCCGUUCCUCAACGUGACCUUCAGGCAAGAUAUCACAGAACGCUACAUAUUGACCGUCAUGCCAAAGAUGGGUGUUCCCACCGUGCUGGCUACCCCAGGUUGGCCAGCCGGGAUGAAGUCUUCCACCACCGUCUCCUGGAUUGUAAAUCUACCUUCAAAGACGGAGGCCGUUUUACAGUUCACCAACAUCACCCAACCCAAGUGUGAGAAGCGACACACCGGUAUCAAAGUUCAGGUUCAAGGCUCGCGGGAGGAGAUGUACAGCCGCAGGGAGGAUGAGAUGGCCGAAGAUGUGAUCGUCCCAAAUAGCUUCUACCUGAACGUGUCUAACUGUAUCCCAGAAUGCGAUGCCUUUAACGUUAUUACCCAGAUCACCCUAAGAAAACGGAAAAACACUCUUUUGAUCACCAUCUUAAGCAUCGUAGGAGCGCUGCUGGCUUUGAUGCUAAUAGUCUUAGCAGUGGUCUGUGUUGUCAUCCGAAAGAAGAAGAAGCAGAUGGCUCACCAAGUGUCUGUUUACAAUCCCAAUGGCCAUAACUUUCUCCCUGGACUCCACGGAAUUCCCAGAAUGGAGGAGGACGACACCCAUAUAUACGACUACAUCGAGGACACAAUGGUGUACGGCCAUCUUCUAAAGGACGAGAUGGAAAUGAAACAGUACAAACAGCCUCCUGUAGACGUCUAUCAUUCUUUUACCGGACCCACGGAUCCAAAGUCUCUACUGAAAUCUUCAGAGGAACCGGAGGUUGGCGUGUACAGGCCGUUCAUUGGCCCAACGGACCGCUCCGUGGGCGUGCCCGAUAAGACCAAAGUGGAGGAGGACAAUUUGAAGAGUAAGAACCAGCACCUGAUUGACAAUGAGCUGUAUGACUCUAAGAUUGGUAUGGACACGAUGCGUGCUCCUGAGCCAGGAACUGAGGAGGAAGAGGAGGAGGAGGAGGAGUCUGACGUCAGGCUAUGA